AUGAUCGACGUCAAAGCCUUAGAACUGGGGGCUGUGGAGCACCAACCACCGCCAGCAUACACGGCCAUAGACGAAGCCCAGGACGACGUGCCACUACAACAGAUUCAAAAUGUAGUCCAUGCGCCUCCCACGCAGGCACCUACGCCUCAAGCAAGCUCGGGGCCUUCGCGACCGCCCGCGCAACCAGCUAGCACGAGGGGCGCGUCUGGUCUGCAACAACAGCAACCGCAGGCCACGCGAGGGAUGAGUGAAGCCGAGUUGGGUCGGCAGUAUCAACAGCAGCUAUAUGCCCGUUGCGCCAGGGGCGAUCAUGAAGUCGAGACAAAGCAUGGCGCUAUGGGCAUCAUCUGUGCUGUCUUUCUGUUUCCGAUUGGCUUGCUAUGUCUAUUCAUGGAUGUCAAGCGGAAAUGUACACGAUGUGGCAUAGAGCUAGAAUGA